AUGAACCCUCUCCAACUCUUACAAAGUCUCUACAAAUCUCAACACCUCUUGGAAGGUGUCCUCUCAGACAGCUCAGUCGUCAUUGAAGUCCUCGAAGGCGCCGAGCGGCGUGUCGAGGAUGCCGAGCAACGCGUCCAGGAUGCGGACGAGCGCACCAACGCCGCAGAGGCUAAGUAUGCCGCAUUGCGGCAGUUCAUCUGUGCCGCUUUGCUCUCUGAGGUUCAACGAUUGGCCGAAGAGCAACGCGUGGAAGGCGUCCUGGGUGUCCUCGCCCCGGACGACAGAGAUGCAGAGAACGUCGACUUGUUCGACCAGCUCGUCGCCCACUUUAGGCACUCCGUGGAGGCUGACGAGCCUGCUCCGGCAGCCAAUGGACGCAACGUUGAUGCCCGGUCUAAGAAUUUCGCUCAGCCCGCAAGCGAGACCACUUCUGAUGUGGACAUGACCCUGCUUUAUCCUGGUGGAGGAUCCCGCACGAUGUCAAACACGCCACCUGCUGCUGGGCCAAGCACUAGUACUGGCGCGGUCAAAGGGGAAGGAAAAAGAGAGAUCGAAGAGGGCUCCUCUGUAAUCGCUGCACCUCGACGACGGAGUUCCCGCUUGAAGCGGAACUCGGAGGGCGGUGCGCAUACCGAGGGUAAAAGAGCCAAGUCUGUCGUCUCUAAUGUUUGA